AUGCGGUGGAGAAAUGUGAUCGGGGAGCAUCUGAUGGAGGAUAGACAGAGUAGCAUCAGUCCCAAGACAGCCUUCACAGCUGAGGUCCUCGCGCAGUCCUUCGCCGGAGAGGUUCAGAAGCUCUCCAGCCUGGUGCUGCCCAGUGAGGUGAUCAUUGCCCAGAGCUCUAUCCCUGGCGAGGGCCUGGGCAUUUUCUCCAAGACCUGGAUCAAGGCGGGCACAGAGAUGGGUCCGUUCACUGGCAGGGUAAUCUCCCCUGAGCACGUAGACCUGCUCAAGAACAACAACCUCAUGUGGGAGGUGUUCAACGGGGACGGCACGGUGCGCUACUUCAUUGAUGCCAGCCAGGAGGACCAUCGCAGCUGGAUGACCUAUAUCAAGUGUGCACGCAACGAACAGGAGCAGAACCUGGAGGUGGUGCAGAUCGGCAGCAGCAUCUUCUACAGAGCUGCAGAGACUAUCCCCCCAGACCAGGAGCUGCUGGUGUGGUAUGGAAACUCCCACAACACCUUCCUUGGUAUUCCCGGCGUUCCCGGUACUGAGGAGCAUCAGAGAAAGAGCCGGAAUGAGGACUCUCACUCCUGUGACGGCUCUUCAUCUUGCUCCCCCUCCUCCUCUUCUUCCUCGUCUGUGACCAGCCGCAUGCGCUGCGUCAUCUGCCACCGGGGCUUCAACUCUCGUAGCAACCUGCGCUCCCACAUGCGCAUCCACACCCUGGACAAGCCCUUUGUAUGUCGCUUCUGCAACCGCCGCUUCAGCCAGUCGUCCACCCUGCGCAACCACGUGCGCCUGCACACCGGAGAGCGCCCCUACAAGUGCCAUGUGUGCCAGAGCGCCUACUCCCAACUGGCAGGGCUACGGGCACACCAGAAGAGUGCCAGGCACAGACCAGGGGCGGCGGGCGCAGACACUGCCUCCCAAGUUUCACCUCCUCCCCCACCGAUCAACAGCCUGACCCAACACCAGGUCCCCAUGGUUCACCAAAUCCCCACCAUAGUGCUAUGACAGCAGAGAGGAGAGAGAGACACUUGCUAAUGCAAACUACACUUUACCCAUGCACACCUGGGUCACAGGUUGCGCUCUCUCUCUCUCUUAGGGGACGGGCAGCCAUUCGCUCGUGUGGCAGGCAUUGCAAUAACUUUGUGUUGGGCCAGAGAAUAUGACUGGGUUUAUGCCUGGUGGGUUGAACUGAUGGUACAUUCUUAAAUACUUUUUACUGGUUGCCUUAUUUACAAUCUAGUCUCCUUAGACUUACUGGAUAUUAUGUUUGUAAUUCUCGCAAAAAAGGUCUCAUGUAGAGGGUCAACUGUUG